CAUGAAUGGCCCAGAGAAGAUGGGUGGGGGGAGACGGGACCUCUCUCCGGGCUGAAAAGCCAAUGCUUCGUGGAAGAAGGAAGGUGUGAGCCACCCAAAAACUGCACAGCAGGAACUGCCUUCCAGCACAACCAGGCUAGCAAAGUGGGCCACUGGGCAACUCCUCACCUCCAGUGAGCCUGGAUGCCAUCUCCCAAUGCUCUUCCUGACUGGUGAGUAAUUUCAUCUGGGAUGGAAGACCAGGUGGACGUGCUUCCCCGGCACUAAAGGAUCUAUCUGUGGCCCCAGCCAAUGGCCACGAGGCUGCUUGGCAGCUCCCCCAAGAUGCCAUGCGGCAGCAGGGACUGAGUCCCACCACCACCACCACCACCACCAAGGAGAGCAGCACUGAUCGAUUCCACCAGAAGCAGCUCCUGGAGGGGUUCCGACAACAGCCUCUCCCUCCGGGCUUGGGGGCUUUGUGCCAGAGGGCGCCAGCAUGGCAGGCUUUGUGAGGCUCCUGGUGUCCGGAGCGGAGCGGAUGGUGUCCCGCUUCUUCAAGACCGAGCAGGAGGAGGCGGUGGAAGCCCCCAGUUUCUUCCUGGAGGCACCCCGGACGGAGAAGCUGCUGGAGCAAGGAGCGCUGGGGGGCUUGAGGUACGGCCUGGGCUCCAUGCAGGGCUGGCGGGCCCACAUGGAAGAUGCCCACACGGCCCAGCUGCAGCUGCCCGGCGCCCUGGCCGGCUGGGCCUUCUUUGCCGUGUACGACGGGCACGCAGGCAGCACGGUGGCCCACUUCUGCGCCCAGCACUUGCUCGGGCACGUGCUGGAGGCCGCGGCCUUGUCGGGCCCCGCGGAGGAGGAGGACCCCCAGGCCGUGAAGGAGGCCCUGCGCCAGGCCUUCCUGGCCCUCGACACGCGCAUGCAGGCCCUGUCGCAGGCGGAGGCGUGGGAGCGGGCGGGGUCCACAGCCGUGGCCGUCUUGCUCUCCCCGCGCCACUUCUACUUCGCCAACCUGGGCGACUCCAGGGCGCUGCUGUGCCGCUCGGCCACCGUCGCCUUCUCCACCCAAGACCACAAGCCCAGCAAGCCGCGGGAGCGCGAGCGCAUCGAGGACGCGGGCGGCACCGUGACGCUGCAGCGGGUCAACGGCUCCCUGGCCGUCUCCCGCGCCCUGGGCGACUUUGACUACAAGGCCGUGGCCUGGCGGGGCCAAACCGAGCAGCUGGUCUCGCCCGAGCCCGAGGUGGAGCAACUGGCCCGCUGCCCGGCCAACGACGAGUUCUUGGUGCUGGCCUGCGAUGGGGUGUGGGACACCUUUGACAACUCGGGGCUGUGUGCGUUCGUGCACUCCCGCCUGUCCCUCUCCGGAGACCCGCAAGAUGUGUGUGAGCGUCUGCUUGACGCCUGUCUCUACAAGGGCAGCCGUGACAAUAUGACCUGCAUCGUGGUGUGCUUCCCAGCUGCCCCUGGAGUCUCCCAAGAGGCCUUGCAAAAGGAGCGUGAGCUGGACGCUUACCUGGAGGAGAGGGUGGCAGAGAUUUACGAUGAACUGCUGCAGCAGGAAGAGGGUCCCAGCCUCAUUGGCGUGUUCCAGAGUCUGGCCACGGAUGUGAACCCCAGCCUUCCUCCUGGGGGAGGCCUGGCUAGCAAGAGAGCGGUCAUCAUGGAGGCCUACGGCCGGGUGAAGCAGAGCCGUGGAGAGCAACAGCCCUCGGUGAGAGAAGCCGCAGCCGCUCCCUCAGCGGGCGUUUGAGGAGGCAGGAAAUGUGCAGCCCUUCAUCCCUACCUUGCCUCGCAUCACUCCUUCUCUCCCAAUAACUUUCCAUUCCGGACACGCUUGAAAAAUCCUGCUGCUUUCUUCUUCUGUUGCAGGCCGCUAGUACUUCUCCCUCUGGUUGAGCACUGGGCAGGUGGAGUCCGUGCCCUCUCCCAGCUCCGGCCGUAGGAGCAGAGCCCCUCGAAAUUCCUGGCAGUGAGGUGGUGGAAUCCGGACACCUGCCUCCAUCCAAAAGGAAAACGGCAAGCCAAGAGCCAGGCCGCAUUACAAGGGGGCUGGGCUGCCCCUUUCAUUCCGAAUGGUCACACUUAGCUGCCUUUUGGUUUGCUUGCUCAACAGUCUGCUCAAGCAUAAAGAGACCCCACUGAAUGUCGCAAAAGAUCCCACGGCAGUAGCGGCUCCUCCUAACCAGCCCGGGGGAGGGGGCAAACGAGGCGGAGCUGCUAGGAAGCAAAGGCAGCUGUGCCUCGUUUGGCCACCCCCCCGGGCUCGUUAGCACAGCUAAUGUGUGCAGUACCACCCCCUGGUACAGUUGCAGGGGCUCUACCUGACAAAUGGCCAGCCUGCAGGCAGUGCAGCUCUCAUUAAUGCUGGGGUGGGGCAGGAUGGGAGAAAAGGGGCACAUCUGGAGCUGCUGGGAACCAGAGGUCGCUGGGCCUCAUUUGCCGCCCCCCCCAGCCCCCCCCCCCCGCUCCUUAGGACAAGCCACUACUGUGCCAUCACCAAGGGAAAUGGUUAUGUCCGUUGAUGCUUGGAUGGUUUCCUGUUUCUUCCACGCAGACCCUUUUGAUUUGCAAAGUUCCUUCCCGUCCUGACAAGGAUCGAGGCAGGCUCCAGUUAUGUCCCUGGCACACAAGUGGCACAGAAACCCGGAGCGGCUUGCCAAAGGCUGCACCAGGAACCCCUGUUCAGAAUCAGAGCCAGCGUCACAGAGCUGCUGCAGCCAGGGGGCCCUCAGGGGGCCCCUGAGCCCACCUCUGUGCCCACAGUCUCUGGCUGGCAGCAGCACCCAAGUCUGCGGGGCUGGGGGAGGCUGAAAUCUGGAGCCUGCCCUGGUGACUUAGGAAGCUGCCUCAAUCAGAUCCUUGGUCUGUUUAGCUCAGUCACUGGCUGGCAGCCACUCUCCAAGGCCUCAGGGUCUUUCCCCGGAGGUGCUGCCAGCAGGAUCGUCGAACCUGGGACCUUCUGCAUGUCAAGUGGGUGCUCCGACAUUAGAUGCUCCCUCCCUCAUGUGUGACUGGUGAGGAGGUGCAACUUCAUUUCUGAACUGAAAACCCGCUUGGGAAUCACAUGGACUCUGAAAUGGCUGGGCUUCUCCCUCACUCGGAUGUGUGGCAGGCAGCCGAUUGUGGCUGCUGCUCCGGGUGGCACAGGAGGAACUCUGCACAUGCUCAGAGGUCCAUUCCUUAUUAUUAACUCUUGGGUUCUACUAGAGCAAAGCCGUGGUCUUGUGGAACUGCCCCCUGUUGUGCUCAGCUCUGAGUCUGGGUGCUGGCUACUGCACACCGGUUCAGAAAUUAGUUCUCCCAGGAUCCCCUUGUAGCUUCCUGAUGUUGUCUUCUGCAUAACCCUCCUUCCUUGUCUGGGGAAGUUGUUGUUUUUAUGAAUAUACUCAGAACAUGCUUCAGUGCAGCUCCGUUCCCUUAUAUUUAAGUCUCGGGAACACCUGGAUUGUCUCUGACCUUCUUCUUCCUCUCUUUCAUAUAGUCUCUGUCCUCCAGAAUUUCCCUUGUGCCUGUGGAGUUUAACCUCUAAAUUCUGUGGCUGCGCUGAUGGUGUAAUCGGCAUGAGCCUGUCUUGGUUUUGCAUAUUUUACUUCAGUGUGAUGGUAUUCAGAUUGCACUGUGCUGUGCCAAGAUCUCCACCCGCUUUACUGCUUGGAUUUGUUUAUCUCAGAAAUUGGUCUAGUUCCCCUAAUGAAAUGAUUGUGUCCAUACAUACACUGCCCAGCAGCAUAAUAAAAUGUGGCUUUUUGUUUGCUUUCUUAA